GUCAACGUAUUCGGUGGGGAAGUAAAAACUGCAGGCACCGGAGAAAAGAGGGCUGGUUCCGUACGGACCGCCGUCACUCCAUCCUACGUGCGAACUCCCUCCCUUCGUCCCGCCGCCUCCUCGCGAUGAGAAAGACUUCGGUUUCCGCUCUCCUCCUCCGCUUCGCACUCUUUCUCUUCGCCGGACUAGUCUUUUUUCUUUUUAUUGAUGUAUGUUUGGAGUGUAGACUCCUUCUGUCUGCUGCUGGUUCAAUUGGCCCUCCAAGACAUGCGGCUAAGGAAAAGGAGAAAACACUGGCCAUGAUAAAACCAGAUGGUUUGUCUGGUAAUUACACGGAAAAGAUAAAGAAAGUGAUUCUGGAAUCUGGAUUUGAUAUCAUCUGGGAGAUGAUCGUUCAGCUUGAUGCAGAAAAUGUUACACUAUUUUAUGCUGAACAUUCAAAGAAAAGCUUCUUUCCAGGCCUUAUUGAGUAUAUGACAAGUGGCCCAGUGUUGAUUAUGGUUCUUGAAAAGCCUAAUGCCAUCUCUGAUUGGCGUGCUUUGAUUGGACCAACUGAUUCAAGGAAGGCUAAAGUUUCUCAUCCUAACAGCAUCAGAGCCAUGUGUGGGCUGGAUUCUGCAAGGAACUGUGUUCAUGGUUCAGAUUCUCCACCAUCUGCCGCACGAGAAAUUUCAUUUUUCUUUGGAGACAUUUUACCAGGUUUUGUGAAGCACGAUGAGCUUUAGAAGAUGCCUGCUUUCCUUCAUCCUGUAGGUGUUGUGAAGCAUGACUUUAGAAGAUUUUUUGUCAGGCAUUAAGCUUGGUUUAGCCUAUAGAUGGAUGGCAGAUGGGCAGCCAUCUUUCUGAUAAUUAAUAGUGGAGAGUCAGUUGCCUGGUGCCUACACCAUGUUUGGCUGGUUGGGUUGGUCAGCUUUUUUGUACCACCUAUGGCUCAAUGUUGUACCUGUUAAUGUAAUACUUGGAUCCUACAUUUGCCUUGCAAAGGCAUGUAAGAGGAAAUAAUUGUUUACCAAACCAUCACCAAUUGACACAAGGUUGACUACUGUAAUAAGCAGGAUCCAUCAGUGCAGGCAUAUUUCAUCUUCGCUAUAGCAAAGGUGAGCGCGCUUGUGGCAUCGUGUGGCCGGUGGGAGAUGAUCUUAUGAUUGUCGGUACUCUUGUUCUGUCUAAUAAGAUCAAGUUGAAGAUAUGCGAAAAGAGGAGUUGAUCUCUCCUGUUAUGACUCUACUUCUGAGCCAGGACUCUCCAACUAACUGUAUUUUAAGCAGAUGGUAGCCUCUACAAUUGCUCAAAGUAAUGGGCAAACCCUUUUCUGUUCAGUCCUUGGGCACUAUGAGGUAGAGAAUCAUGAACCAACAAAAGCGGAAACACAUAUUCUGUUGUAUAGAUAAUAAAAUUAUUUCAAUUUGAUGAGAUUAUAGCCAUAUUCUUUUCA